AUGGGGGGGUCCCGAGGACGUGAGGAGUGCCCCUCCCAGUGCCUCUCCCAGUGCCCCUCCCAGUGCCCCUCCCAGUGCCUCUCCCAGUGCCUCUCCCAGUGCCCCUCCCAGUGCCUCUCCCAGUGCCCCUCCCAGUGCCCCUCCCAGUGCCCCUCCCAGUGCCCCUCCCAGUGCCUCUCCCAGUGCCUCUCCCAGUGCCCCUCCCAGUGCCUCUCCCAGUGCCUCUCCCAGUGCCCCUCCCAGUGCCUCUCCGAGUGCCCCUCCCAGUGCCUCUCCCAGUGCCCCUCCCAGUGCCCCUCCCAGUGCCUCUCCCAGUGCCCCUCCCAGUGCCUCUCCCAGUGCCUCUCCCAGUACCUCUCCCAGUGCCUCUCCCAGUGCCUCUCCCAGUGCCUCUCCCAAUGCCCCUCCCAGUGCCCCUCCCAGUGCCUCUCCCAGUGUUCCUCCCAGUGCCUCUCCCAGUGCCUCUCCCAGUGCCUCUCCCAGUGCCCCUCCCAAUGCCUCUCCCAGUGCCUCUCCCAGUGUUCCUCCCUGCUGAGAGCUGCUGAUCAAAGCAGGAACAACUUUGGGCCCUUUGAGCCAUGCUGUGUCGUUGGCUAA